UGAUUUCACACAUUGACCACAAGUUUGUUUUUCUCUAGCUUUAAAGAAGACAGGUGCUGCCUACUUAAACACAUCUACAUGGGCACACUUAAUCGUUUAAUAAUUGAUGGUUAAAGAGCAAAAAUGUCUGAUGCUAUUUAUGAUGAUGUGAUCAGGUCUGAGGAAAUGAUGAGAGAUAGAGUGGAGAUGACAGUGGAUAUCUAUGAGAGUGCAGAUUCUGUGAGGGAUCAUGACUUCACGACAAAGACAAACACGAACAAACCCCCACCACAUCAGCAGACAGGAAGUGAUUCAGUGAAGACCAGGAGCUCCAGAGCGGCUGUGGUGUGUUUGGUUCUGCUGUGUGUUCUUCUGCUGGCUGCAGUCAUAGUGCUGGGUGUCCACAUCCAUACAAACAACACAAACUACACACAAGAGAGAGACUUGCUACUAACCAAGAUCACCAACCUCACAGAAGACAGAGAUGACCUACAAACCAAGAUUAACGGCCUCACAGAAGACAAAGACCAGCUACUAACUAACAGUCUCACAGAAGAAAGAAAUGAGCUAAUAAUAAAGAACAGAAAUCUGUUGAACGAGAGACCGCAUCUAAAAAAUGAACUUCAACUUCUUUGUAAAGAGGAUGAAUGGAUUUAUUAUAAAUCCAGUUUUUACUACAUGUCCAAUGAGAGGAAGAGCUGGACUGAGAGCAGACAAGACUGUUUAAAGAAAGGAGCAGAUCUGAUCAUCAUAAACAGCAGUGAGGAACAAGAUUUUGUUAAGAACAAUACUGUUAAGAGAGAAUUCUGGAUUGGUGUGACUGACAUUGAUGUGGAGGACAUAUGGAAAUGGGUUGAUGGCAGCACACUGACCUCUGGGUGAGAAAUCACUGAACUGAUUAUUAUGUAAUAAAUGAUUUUCACAGUCAGUAUCAUAUCACACAGAAAGCAGCACUUAACAUCUAAUGCUGAUCUGUACUUUCAGG